AUGAAUCUCGAUGAUGGUAACCUCCAUCAAGAAAAAGACAGCAUGAAUGCCAACAGGUUUAUGUAUCGUCCUUUAUCCACAGAACUUCUCGCCAGUUUUGUGUUUCCUGAUAUCGGAGCCUUACAUGCCAGCAGGUUGGAAUUGUUUGUGAAUCUGAACUUCAAGGAAAUAGAAGUACAUGGGUUUGAGAUAUACAUUGUGGAGCAGUGGGCAGCAGAGAGAAAGUUAUCCACUAUAAUCACUUCUUAUACUGGAAAUGAUAUGGAUGUGGUGCAUGCCGUUCAAGUAGUGCUACCUCAAAAUGCAGAAAAAUGGCCCGAUUCACUUAAAAGAUACUACCGUGAUAUUUCCCAUUUUGCACAGCCAAAAGUAACGCCGAAAGGCACAUUAUUUGUCACUAAUUUAGCAUCAGUGCCUUCGACGCUUAAUUUGCUACAUGUUGAAUGUGGUGAUCUGAGAGUGAUCUGGACGAACUUCAAGGCAAAUUACGAUCUGAAGAAAAUGCGCUGUGGUGGUAGAUCAGCAUUACUACUUUGUGCACCAUCAAGUGCGGCUGAGGAUAAGUUUUCUCAGCUGUAUAAAAUUACAAUCGGCUCUGAGUUGCGAAAACGAUAUCUACAGCAAAUUGAGCUGGAAGAAUUUGCGCAACCGUCUGGAUCAGUAUGGAGGUAUAAUCCUGUAAUAGAGCUUAUUACACUGGUUCAAAUAGCCCUGAGUUACUUUAAUCUGUUUCAUCGUGAUAAAGAUGGUUUGCUUUGUGAAGAUACUGAACAUGCGAUUUCAAAUUGGUGGACUAAAUACGGAAAGUUUUACUUGGGCCUCGAGAGGCCAAAAAAUGAAGGCACUCUAGGGCCGACGACAGUAUCGUCUUUGAUAAGUCUGGUUUUAAGCUGUUAUUUCAAGUUGAAAGUUGAAGAUUGUACUUCAUCAAAGGAUCCAUUCGAAGAGGAUGAUUUUUUCGCAAGCAUACAUAUUUUUCAAAGAAAAUACAAUAUUCUGAGGAAGCCAGGAUCUGUAUAUUUGGAUGACAAAACGUUAGAGAAGCUGUUUGAAGUUUCCGAGAAAACUUCAAAUACGGAUAUUUUCAAGUUUAAAAAAGUUGUUAAAUCAACUGUUCAAGAUAUUGCAGGCAAAGGUAAUCCUUUGCAAUUGUCGAAUGAAAUACUAACCACUGAUUUAGACUUUCUGGUAAAAAAUAUUCAUGGAGGUUCCCUUGGAUUAUUAUGGAAAUGCAAGGGUAGGCCGAGGUGGCGCAUAAAGAAAAAAUUAAGUGAGAAGCUCAGCUUCUGUGAGAUCAGGUACUUCAGAGGUAAUCCCAGUGCUGUUUUAGAAAGGCAGGCUGUUUAUCUUAAUGAAAUGAAGCUUAACGGAGUCGAGGUCGACUCGACAGAUUCCUCUGAUCAGGACAAACAGGUCUUUGAUAAUAAAUUAAUCAAAUACAAUACUUCUAGUUCUUCAAUAUCGGCAUCUUCGAUGGUUUGCAAUUAUGAUAAGAACAAAUAUGCUCGAAACUUCGGCACAAAUAAAGUAUAUCAUGGAGAAUAUUACAGACGAAAUUCUAUUCCUAUGUUAGAUAAUGAAACUAGCGCAAGUUUGGAUCAUGCCGUUGAAAUAGAAGAUGACAGAAGCAAUUGUAUGUACCGCUCUAACUCAUAUUCAAGAGUUCAGGAUAUAACUGAAUCAUGGGAUUUACCUUUUGAUCCUUCUUCUGUCAAGAUGGCUCGUGAUAUGCUACAGAUUAAGCGUAAACUGGAAAUUCAGCGACGAAAGGAUGACAUAACACAUGGAUACAUGGGUGAGCAUGAAGGAAAAUCGGCCUGUGAUGAAAGCAAGGUUGUUUUCAAUGACCUGAUGACUGAGCUUAAGGGUGACUAUCAGAAUUUCAAUAAUAGAGUUAUUGACUUGGAUAAGAAACAUGAAGAGAUCGAGACAAAGCAAACAUUGCUCAAAGGUGAAAUGCGGGAGUUGAACUCUUUAUCAUCAAAAUUUCAGUAUGACAUGAGAAUCCUUGAAGUUCGUACCAGAGAUGUAGAAGACAGCGUUCGACAGUUCGAUUCGAAGUUAGCAUCGGUUCAAAAAUCAUUGGUAGAUCAGGGACUGGGAAUAGCGAUGGCAGUAGAUUCACUUAGUGAUAAAGCUCGGUUCGAAGUUUGUAUUCACAAUUUGUUGAAUGCAGAAAAUACAGGGUAUGAAGGUUUAUGUUUCAAGGUAUUGAGUAAAAAUUUUCUUCGAAGUAUUGAAGAGAAUAUAAGAGAUUGGGGAUCAUGGCUUUGUGGAAAGGUUUUUUAUAAAAGCCAACUUGGGAAAAAUGAGAAGAAUAUUACAUAA